GUUAGAAAGGCGGGGGUGUCGGAUCGAAGAGGUGGAUGCGAAGAGAGAAACGGGUGGUCGCGGUUAGCGACACCCAUACGAAGGCAGGAAGAAAGAUGGCCGACCAAGCGAAAGAGAUUGGACGCAUGCGCUAACGUUCCGAAGCUCCGCCUUCCGUUCGUCGUUGCGGUUUGACAACCCCUCGCUCUAUCCCGUAGUCUUCAUCCCACCACUACUGCCACCCGGAGUAAACCACCCCUUGGAGGAGCACCCUUCGCCCACUCCCACCCCCUCUCUGGAAGAGUUCAUCCGCAGAGCACUCUUCGCCGGCCAGUCAGCGCCAAAAAGUGCGGAGCUCUAGGACAAGAUCCACGUACGGUCCUGCGCGAUCCAAGCCACGGUUUUAUAUGAUUCGACCGGUGGCUUCCUUUCGAGUCAACAUUCGCUGCUCUGCUGUGUUAACGUUGUUUUACGACUAAGUUAAAAAAAUAAAAAUAAAUAAAUAAAAAAUCAUUGUCGAUCUUAAUCAACGUUGAGGAAUAACCGUGUUCACUCUCGAACACGAACGAUCGAUUUUUGAGAUAUACGCAGAGAGGGGAGAGGGACAGAGACAAAGAAAGAGAGAGAGAGAGAGAGAGAGAGAGACGAUUGUUGUUCGGUGAAAAAAAAAGAGUGAAAAUCCAUCAAAGGAAUCAACGAAGGAAAGGUGUCGCGAAGUAUUUUUGUGACUGUUUCAAUGAUCGUGCUAGAUCGUGGUGUGCAUCAUGCAGGGGUUUAAGUCAACGUCUCGGCAGACGUCGGCUCGGUUGGACGGACGAAUUCGUUGAUCGAGAAUGCGGGACUUGACUACGUGACGAGGAAGAAGACGAAGAAGAAGAAAAAAAUAAAUAAAACAGUUUCAAAAACGAUAGACGCUAAGAAGAGAGGAAGAAAAAAGACAGAGAGAGAGAGAGAGAGAGAGAGAGAGAGAGAGAGAGAGAGAAGGAAUUCGGAUUGUAGACUUUCGAUCUCGGAUUUUCUACAGAUGCAAAGAAUCCUUGGAAGACAAUUGAUGAGCGGCCGUCGGUGUUGGUGCGAUCGUUUUCUCUCGAGCUGCCGCCGGUUUUAGGCCUAACGUGCGCGCGCGCGCGUGCGGUGUAGAGCGAAUCGGUGAAAACCGAUCACCGGCAGCGGCAGGAUGAUGUAUUCGCCGGACAAGAUGAUGGGGAGCAAGGGACUCCAUGGGGCACCGAUUACCGCCCCUGGUUGUUUCCCUUCGGGCAGGUAUUCUCCGCCACCAUAUCGUGCCGCGCCGGAUCCCAUGCCGCCGCCGCCGCGACGCUGUAUGCCCAAUCCCACGAGUCGUAUAUUGGAAGAUGCAUCCAUAAUGUGCAAUUCAUGGUCACCGAGGCAUAACGGUGACUUAUUUGGGGGCUUGAACAGCGGUCUGCAAGACGGCUUACUUUCGAGGGCGGAGGCUUUAGCUGCGGAUUUGGGAAAGCACAACGCGGGCACUCCAAUGCCUUUGAAACACGAUCCGGUUUCUGUCUACCAUCACGGUGCUCAUAUGCCAACCCCCCAUCCAAAUAACCGGCCGCAUCAUCAGGUACAAUCACACCUCUUUAUGAGUCACCCUGGAAUGGAAAGCCUGGACAUGUUGGACCCAGCAAAUUCCAUGACAACGUUGACGCCGAUGUCCGAGGGAGCUGGUGGUGGUCCGGGUCAUCACGCAGGUAUACAUGGACCUUCGGUGUACGGUGGAAUGAACGGGAUGAUGGGACAUCACCAUCAUCACGGUAACCUUGGUGGUGGAGGUGGAAGCGUACCGCAUCCUGCUCAUCAUCAUCCAGCGAUGGCAGCAGCAGCAGCGGCGGCAGCAGCGGCGGGUCUUCAUCCUGACGCUGAUACGGAUCCGCGAGAAUUGGAGGCAUUCGCAGAACGUUUCAAGCAGAGACGUAUCAAAUUGGGCGUGACACAAGCCGAUGUAGGCAAGGCUUUAGCGAAUUUGAAGUUACCAGGUGUGGGUGCACUUUCUCAAUCGACGAUAUGUCGCUUCGAAUCGCUCACUCUCUCACAUAACAAUAUGAUAGCACUAAAACCGAUACUCCAAGCCUGGCUGGAAGAAGCCGAGGCUCAAGCGAAAAACAAAAGACGUGAUCCAGACGCACCAUCCGUUUUACCAGCCGGUGAAAAAAAACGUAAGAGGACUAGCAUCGCCGCGCCGGAAAAACGCUCACUCGAAGCAUACUUCGCGGUACAGCCCAGACCAUCCGGUGAGAAAAUUGCCGCGAUCGCGGAGAAGCUCGAUCUUAAGAAGAACGUCGUCAGGGUCUGGUUUUGUAAUCAACGGCAGAAGCAGAAGAGGAUGAAGUUCGCGGCUCAGCAUUGACCCGAGGGUGGCUUGUGACAGCAGAACUGACCCUACCAGUUGCCCAGUCUCGAGCCGAAACCCGAACCCCUGACCGAAUUUCAGGGCUGGCCGUGAAGAUUCAGAAAAAAGAUUUUUUUCGUCAUCUAUUUUCUUUAUCCCGGUCUCCUUCUCCUUCUUCUCCUUCUUCUUCUCCUUCUUCUUCUUCUUUUUCUUCUUCGAUGUGUCUCGAAAAAACGGCCCGAGAUUUCUACGACUUGAUACUGUGGCCAUCUGGUGCAACAAAUCAGCUGCCGUCGGUGACACUGUUGCAGGCUGAUAUCGAAAAGUGGCUACGAAAAGCCGCAUUAGACGGUCUCUCUCGACGCGUUGUGACAUUGAACCUACCGUGUUUCGGUGUGUCGAUGAAAGGACGAUCUUGUUUGGCUCUUUUGAAAAGGGGGGAUUUUCUCCUGUCUUUGUUUCUCUUUUUCCUUUCUUUCUCCUUUUUUUUUCUUUGUUUUGUUUUGUUUCUUGGUCAAUACUAUCUUGCUCAUAAUCGGUAAAGUAAAUAAGACUCAAAGAAAUCUCCGUUUUCUAUAACAACCGGAACAGCGAACGCUUCGAUUUUACGAAGCGAUCGCACGAUAAAACGUUUUACGAGCUCGUUUUACCCCUUUCGUCGUCAUCGUAUACGCCUCUCUCGAGCAAAAUGUGUCGCCCCAUCAACAAAUCGAAUCUUUCCGAACUGACUACUUCAGUUUUUUACGAUGAAAAACAUAGAUACGUGCGAGAGAAUCCUCCCUCGAAUAAUCGAUCGACAAAAUCGAGAAAAUCGAGAAAUCGAGAAAGAAAAGUCCGAAAACGGAAUAAACGCGUCUCGGAAAGUACAAUUCGAAACAUAAAAAAUAUAAAAUAUGUAUUGUUAUAAAAUCGUCGCGCGUUCACAUCGCGGCGAAGUAAAAAAAAGUGAUAUUAAUCCUAAUGAUGACGCUCAGUGAAGUGUUGUAAAGAAGUGAACGGAAAGCAAGCUAGAGAGAGAGAGAGAGAGAGAGAGAGAGAGAGAGAGAGAG